AUGCAUUCAUUCAUCACAUCAUAUUAUAUUCCUAUCUAUCUAUCUAUCUAUCUAUCUAUCAAUCUGUAUAUUCUAUUAUCUAUCUAUCUAUCUAUCUCAAUCUGUUCCUAUCUCUCUAUAUCUCAUCUAUCUAAGUAUAUUCCUAUCUAUCUAUCUAUCUCAAUCUGUUCUUCUCUAAUAUAUUCCUAUCUAUCUAUCUAUCUAUCUAUCUCAAUCUGUUCUUCUCUAAGUAUAUUCCUAUCUAUCUAUCUAUCUAUCUAUCUCAAUCUGUUCUUCUCUAAGUAUAUUCCUAUCUAUCUAUCUAUCUAUCUCAAUCUGUUCUUCUCUAAGUAUAUUCCUAUCUAUCUAUCUAUCUCAAUCUGUUCUUCUCUAAGUAUAUUCCUAUCUAUCUAUCUAUCUAUCUCAAUCUGUUCUUCUCUAAGUAUAUUCCUAUCUAUCUAUCUAUCUAUCUCAAUCUGUUCUUCUCUAAGUAUAUUCCAUUAUCUAUCUAUCUCAAUCUGUUCUUCAAUCUGUAUUCUCAUCUAUCUAUCUAUCUAUUCAAUCUGUUCUUCUCUAUCUAUAUCUAUCUCAAUCUGUUCUUCUCUAAGUAUAUUCCUAUCUAUCUAUCUAUCUAUCUCAAUCUGUUCUUCUCUAAGUAUAUUCCUAUCUAUCUAUCUAUCUAUCUCAAUCUGUUCUUCUCUAAGUAUAUUCCUAUCUAUCUAUCUAUCUAUCUCAAUCUGUUCUUUCUCUAUAAAUUCCUAUAUCUAUCUAUCUAUCUUCUGUUCUUCUCAUCUAUCUAUCUCAAUCUGUUCUUCUCUAAGUAUAUUCUAUCUAUCUAUCUAUCUCAAUCUGUUCUUCUCUAAAUUAUAUUCUAUCUAUCUAUCUAUCUCAAUCUGUUCUCUGUUCAAUAUAUUCUCUAUCUAUCUAUCUAUCUAUCUCAAUCAUCUAUAUUCCUAUCUAUCUAUCUAUCUAUCUCAAUCUUAUAUUCCUAUCUAUCUAUCUAUCUAUCUCAAUCUGUUCUCUAAGUAUAUUCCUAAUCUAUCUAUAUCUAAGUAUAUUCCUAUCUAUCUAUCUAUCUAUCUAUCUAUCUAUCUAUCUAUCUCAAUCUGUUCUUCUACAUAUUUAUUCAUCUAUCUAUCUAUCUAUUCUUCUCUAAGUAUAUUUCCUAUCUAUCUAUCUAUCUAUCUCAAUCUUAUAUUCCUAUCUAUCUAUCUAUCUAUCUGUUCUUCUCUAAGUAUAUUCCUAUCUAUCUAUCUAUCUAUACAGGCAAACACACCUAUUUUACAUAUUUUUUAA